AUGUUGCGCAAACUUCUUCUUGCUCUUUUCAUUGUUAUCAGUGCCGAAGCCUGGACCAACGAACAACUCAUAGAAUCUGUUGAGAAAACGUGUCCGCCAACAGUCUACAAGUGCCCUAAACCAGAGUAUAUUCUAUUCAAAAGUAAAUCAUGGUCAUGGAAUGAACAAGCAGUAAAAAACGCCCCCACUGCCGAAUUGUUUCGUCGAGCUCGCCAUUUAAACGAACAGGUCGCAGAUCUCCUAAGGGAUACCUACUGUUGCUCCGAAGGACCUUGUCUUGCCCUUUGUAAUAUCUUUGAAAAGAAAGAAAUCGAUCUCAUCAACGACUUCCCAGCCAACGGUCAGGAUCUUCUUGACUUGCACUUAGCUGAGUUGGAGCCCCAUCGUGAAUUCAUCGAGGCCUGGCUUCGCUCUCCAAACGAGUAUCCCGAUUCACGAGGAAGAGUACCAGCAGAGCUCGAGGAACUUUUCGACGAUAUCCACAAGCACCAACAUCUCAUCCGUCGUAAACUUCGUGAGCAGAAACUCCGUAAACAACAAAUUUUUUGA